CAACGAAAUUUUGAAGGGAGCAUCCCCCUAGUUAUGCAAGUUGGCCUGUCCUAGCGACAUUGGGGUUACAAACGGAGUGGGAAAACCGAGGGCGGUUGCGAACUACGGCUUUUGAUCUAAGGUGGGUAAUGACAACCGAUAUACACGGGGUUAUCAGCAUGGAAAGUGUGAGUAGGGAAAAGGAAAGAGGCCAAGUCAGGUGGCAGGUUGACGAUUCGAGUUUCAUUGAGAGGGUCAUGGAGAGUUGUAUUACAAUGAAUAGGGAACCAUUGGUUGUGAUAGACAAAGUCACCGUCUAAUCUCUUCUCCCUUUUCUGCCUGUGGGAGAUGAGAGUGCUUUUUCUACCCUCGUUUCUCUCCAUGGUUAAACGGAUCCGACAUAAUUCGCAGCGCUGUUAUUGGAAGUGUGUCUGUACCGGUAAAGCCGCGAACUCGUGGUAGAUUUACAGGUUCACAACGUGUGUUUGUUUUCCUGGCGUGGAUAACAUUAAUGUACACUGGGACGGAGGUGUGCAACUCCACAGCGGUGUUGAUGGACACAAUUUCGCGUUAUUGCUCUGAUAGCGAGUCAAACAGCGACGGUGAUACUGAUCCCAUUGUAAACAACGAUUCGUUACCACCGGUUCCUGAUUCCAUAAUUGACAUCAAAUCUCAUCGUCCCUCUCCAUCUCAUGUCACAAAGAGGAUGAGACUGGCGUACCAUAACCUUCUGACUGUUCCGCCGGGGUUUCAGAACGUGUAUACCUCUGCAGAGUUCAUCCCAUCACAGUCUUUGCAGUUGAUUCUCAAAGAGGUGAUCAACAAUGCGAACACCGUGUGCAAGCACUCCAGUCUAAGGCCUCCCCGGUACUCUGCUCUUUAUAAGAACGAAUUGAACGUUACCCAGCCUCUGCAUUUAUCGUUAACAGCCAAUGUGUACUUAUCCAUUGAUCAGAGAAGCCGGUUCAAAUCUGAAUUGAGAACGAAAGUGUCGAGAUUACCACUAAGGAAAUACAUCAUGAGGUUCGACAAGGUAUGUGUAGUACCCAACAAUAACAUGUCAAGUACUUUCCUAGCGCUGACCCUUUCCAAAGAAUCACGACAUGCCACAGAGUCGUUGUUCGACCUCAUUUCAGAUGUUAUCGAUGAUAUAACAAAUGGUGAACCACUGAUUCGGGGACCAGAGCUAUCGAAAGACGCCCUUCACGUUUCCAUAGCGAAAACCGAGCCCUUUGAUUACACGCUGCAACAAUUAAAAGAGUUGAAUACGACGCUGGAGGAGGUUGAAGUUGAUCCAACAGUGGAGGUUGAGUACACCUCUUUGAAAGUAACCGAUGAUCCAAGCAGCUUUACUGUUCACUUGAGUUGACCCCGGUUUAGAGGGUCCAUAUAUGGAGAGCACACAGGGGAAGGCACGAAAACAAACAAACAAUAAAGCAGGGACAGGCACAUAAUACGGGUAUUAUACUAUGCAAAGUGGUUUUAAUGUACUAAUUCGAUUGUAACGAGACCAUUGAUAAAUGAUUCACCG